CUCCGCAGGCGCGGGGCGGGGUGGGGCGGGGCCUGCCGCGGCGCACUCAGGCGCUGCUCGGGCCACCUCUGCCCGGGUCCUAGCGUGGCCUUGGCAGCGACGUCGGCCUGAGGGAAGAUGGCGGCGCCCUGCUGGCAAGCCGCGCUGCACGCAUGCAGACGCUGGCGGAGCUUCAGCACCUCGGCCGCCCUGAGCCGCCGGACCGCCCCGCUGGGGCCAAUGCCCAACCAGGACAUCGAUGUGAGCGACCUGGAGCGGCUGGAGAAGUACCGGAGCUUCGACCGCUACCGGCGCCGGGCGGAGCAGGAGGCGCGGGCCUCGCACUGGUGGCGGACCUACCGGGAGCAUUUUGUGGAGGAGACAGAUCCCAAAGACAAGAUUGAUAUUGGGCUGCCUCCACCCAAGGUCUGCCGGACCCAACAGCUGCUGGAACGGAAAAGGGUCAUCCGGGAGCUUCGGGCCAAUGUGGAAGAGGAGCGGGCUGCCCGUCUCCGCACAGCCAGCAUCCCACUGGCGGCUGUGCGGGCGGAGUGGGAGAGAACCUGCGGCCCCUACCACCAGCAGCGUCUGGCUGAGUACUACGGCCUCUACAGAGACCUGUUUCAUGGGGCCACCUUUGUGCCCCGUGUCCCCCUUCACGUGGCUUUUGCUGUGAGUGAGGAGGACCUGAUGCCUGUGUACUAUGGCAAUGAGGUGACUCCAACUGAGGCUGCCCAGGCCCCAGAGGUGACCUAUGAAGCAGAAGAGGGUUCCAUGUGGACACUGCUGUUCACUAACUUAGAUGGACACCUGCUGGAGCCAGACGCCGAGUACAUCCACUGGCUGGUAACCAACAUCCCGGGCAGUAGGGUGGCUGAAGGACAGGAGACUUGUCCCUACCUCCCCCCAUUCCCUGCCCGAGGCUCUGGCUUCCACCGCUUCACCUUCUUGCUCUUCAAGCAGGAUGAGCCAAUCGACUUCUCCGAGGACACCCGCCCCUCGCCCUGCUACCAGCUGGCCCAGCGGACCUUCCACACUUUUGAUUUCUACAAGAAACACCAGGAAGCCAUGACUCCAGCUGGCCUGGCUUUCUUCCAGUGCCGCUGGGAUGACUCGGUCACACACAUCUUCCACCAUCUUCUGGACAUGCGGGAGCCCGUGUUUGAGUUUGUGCGGCCGCCCCCUUACCACCCCAAGCAGAAGCGCUUCCCCCACCGGCAGCCCCUGCGCUACCUGGACCGGUAUAGGGACAGUCACGAACCCACUUAUGGCAUCUAUUGAGGGGCCAGAGUGUCCCCACCUCAGAGGGUGGGCUGGGCUGGCAGGAACAGUGAAGACGCAGCUCCUGAGGACCAAGCGGUGGGGUUCUGGGCCCUGCCUGAGGCAGCCCCUCUCAUCAGGCCCAGGGCUUGGAGUAAAAGGGACUCUGAGGGGGUCUGGGCAGCGGGUGUGAAUAAAGAUGAUUUCU